GCUGGGAUAAAUGCAUGUUUACUGUCUGACUGAUUCUUCCUGCUGGAACCCUCCUGACCCAGUGCUGGGAUUUACUGAGAAACUGAAUAGGAGUUGAGGAAUUGCUGGUUUUGAUAGCAGGGCUCGUACUCUGUUACUAUCAGAUCUUUCUCUCUAAACGCUGCAGCUGUCUCCUGCAGACAGAAUGAGGUCCCUGGCUCUCGGCCUCUUCUGCCUGUUGUGCUGUAACGCGGUUCGACUGGACAGACGCCGUCCCAGACCCAUUGCAGCCAGAGGGCGAAAUGAGACAACUGCCCAAACCAAAGCAGUGGAGAACCCUUGCAAAGCAAUCCCGCUGGAUUUCGUCUUUGUCAUCGACAGCUCCCGAAGCAUCCGCCCUGACGACUACGAGAAGGUCAAGACCUUCAUCAUCAACCUGCUUCAGUUCCUGGAGGUCGGCUCUGAAGCCACACGGGUCGGUCUGCUCCAGUAUGGCAGUGUGGUCCAGCCCGAGUUCUCCCUCAACACGUACACCACCAAAGCUGAGGUGGAACAGGCGGUGAGGAACAUGGAGCACCUCGCCACUGGAACAAUGACCGGCCUGGCCAUCCAGUACGCCAUGGAGACAUCCUUCACUGAGGAGCACGGAGCACGCCCAGCAAACCUGCACAUCCCACGAAUCGCUAUGAUAGUGACUGACGGGCGGCCUCAGGACACAGUGGAGGAGAUUGCGGCUCAGGCGAGGCAGGCUGGCAUCCAGAUCUUUGCUAUCGGAGUGGGCAGGGUGGAUAUGAACACUCUGAAGACCAUAGGGAGUGAGCCACACUCUGAGCAUGUGCACCUGGUGGCCAACUUUAGCCAGAUAGAAACCCUCAUCUCUGUGUUCCAGUCCAAACUAUGUGGAGGUUCAGAGAUGUGUGAGGUGGUGGACCAUGAGUGCCAGCACAUCUGUGUGAGCAGCCCUGCUUCAUACAGGUGCAAGUGCAGGAAAGGCUUCACCCUCAACCCCGAUGGCAAGACGUGUAAAGCUGAGGAUUUGUGUGCUGAGGUGGAUCAUGGCUGUGAACACAUCUGUGCCAACCUGCCUGAUGGCUACGAGUGCCGCUGCCGUCCAGGAUAUGAACUCACCAUAGACCUGAAGACAUGCAACAAAAUAGACUUCUGUGACCUGGGGAACCAUGGCUGUGAGCAGGACUGUGUCAGCGUUCCAGAGUCCUACAUCUGCAGGUGUAAGAAGGGCUACGUCCUCAAUCUGGACGGCAAGACCUGCAGCAAGAUCGAUCACUGCGCUGACGGCGCCCACGGGUGCGAACAAGAGUUCAUGAACACAGAAGACGGCUGCGUGUGUAAAUGCAGGAAAGGCUUCACGCUCAGGCCUGAUGGGAAAACAUGCAAGAAGAUAGACCAUUGUGCUGACGGGAAACAUGGCUGUCAACAGGAGUUUAUGAAUACAGAAGAUUCAUGUGUGUGUAAAUGCAGGGAUGGAUUCACACUCAGGCCCGAUGGGAAAACAUGCCAAAGUCUGGAUCUGUGUCAGACAGUGGACCAUGGCUGUGAACACCAGUGUGUCAGCACCGCUGACUCCUACAUCUGCAGAUGUUUUGAAGGAUUUAUGUUGGCUGAAGAUGGCAAAAGAUGCAAAAAGCCAGAGUGUGGCGACGGGGUCAUGGAUCUGUUUUUUGUAAUCGAUGGCUCCAAGAGCCUGGGCUCUGCUAACUUUGAGCUGGUCAAGCAGUUUGUAAACGGCAUUGUGGACUCGCUGGACAUUUCCAGGACAGGCACACAUGUUGGCCUUCUUCAGUACUCCACCAAGGUGCGCACAGAGUUCACCCUGGGCCAGCACACCACGGCGCAGGGCAUCAAGCAGGCUGUGUCCCGGAUGCAGUACAUGGGGAGAGGCUCCAUGACUGGCUCAGCCUUACGUCACAUGUUUGAGUUCAGCUUUUCAGCUAAAGAGGGAGGCAGGCCGAACAUCCCGCGUGUCAGCAUCGUGUUUACUGAUGGCAGGUCACAGGAUGAUGUGUCUGAAUGGGCUAAUAAAGCAAAGAACUCUGGGGUCACAAUAUAUGCUUUGGGGGUUGGCAAAGCCAUUGAGCAGGAACUGAGAGAAAUAGCUUCAGAGCCUGAUGAGAAGCACCUUUAUUACGCUAAAGAUUUUGAGAACAUGGGAGAAAUUGCAAAAAAGCUCAAGUCCAGGAUAUGUACAGACAAACCAUCGGAGGAAAACAUGUGCCAGUGUGAGAACGUGAUAAUGUUUCAAAACCAGGUCACUGAGAAGCUGAAGAACCUGGUGCAGAAUAUUGAAGCCAUGUCAAAGAAGCUGGACACGCUUGAGAAUCAACUUGUGCUCAAAUGAAAAGCUGAGACUCGCCCAUUCCCGCCCACACCCCCACCCCCACCCUGCAGCGUAGCAUUCACAGGAUCCCUUUAAUUCUGCUCUACAAGCUGCACUGAAACAUAUGCAAAUGAAGGGCUUUCCAAUGAAGCUAUUUAUACACUUUUGUA